GAGAGAGAAGGUUGAGGAAGGUGGGGUAGGUAGUUUGUUUGUGCUCAGGGUGGGAAGCGGUUGAACCACGCGGCUACUCGCGCAUGUCACGCCGGAGCCCCCCCUCCCCCAGGCGGGGAGAGCUGGGAGCGGAGCCGCGUUGAUCUCAGCAGCGCCCGGAGGAGCAGAGACAUGGGUCCGGGAGCGGAGCAGUGAGGAGCGGGUCCGGGGGAGGGACGGGAGCAGCGGGUCUACACUCAUCUCCAAAUCCGCCCUCCUGCGAUCACCACCAGCUCCAAACACCGCGGGGCUUCGGGGGGUUCGGGCGGCCAUGGUGGAGCUGGAGAAGGAGGUGCUGCCGCUGCCGCCGCGGUACCGGUUCCGAGACCUGUUGCUCGGGGACUGGCAGGCGGACGACAGAGUGCAGGUAGAGUUCUAUGUGAACGAGAACACAUUCAAGGAACGCCUAAAGCUGUUCUUCAUCAAAAACCAAAGAUCCAGUUUGAGAGUGCGCCUCUUCAACUUCUUCCUGAAGGUGGUGAGCUGUCUGCUGUACAUCGUCCGAGUACUACUGGACGACCCGCACGAACAGAGAGACUGCCCCGGCUGUCUCAGGCAGAAUGCCUCCGCGCAGAACAAAAGCCACUUUGACUGGUCCCUCAUUAUCUGGGUGAACAGACCCCUGCCGCUUUGGGCACUUCAGGUGCUUGUGGCCUUCAUCAGCUUUUCCGAAACCAUGCUGCUGGUGUACCUCAGCUACAAGGGCAACGUGUGGGAGCAAGUGUUGCGCGUCCCGUUCAUCCUGGAGAUGAUCAGUGCCGUCCCCUUCGUUAUCACUGUGAUUUGUCCCUCUCUCCGGAAUCUCUUCAUCCCCGUCUUUCUGAACUGCUGGUUGGCCAAACACGCUCUGGAGAACAUGAUCAAUGACCUGCACAGAGCCAUCCAGCGCACCCACUCAGCCAUGUUCAACCAGGUGCUCAUCCUCAUCAGCACCCUCCUCUGCCUCAUCUUCACCUGUAUCUGUGGUAUUCAGCACUUGGAGCGGGCGGGGAAUAAUCUGACGCUCUUUGACUCGCUGUAUUUCUGUGUGGUCACGUUCUCCACGGUGGGUUUUGGAGACGUCACGCCGCAGAUCUGGCCCUCGCAGCUCCUGGUGGUCAUCAUGAUCUGCGUGGCGCUCAUCGUGCUGCCCAUUCAGUUUGAGCAGCUGGCGUUCCUGUGGAUGGAGAGACAGAAGUCUGGUGGAAACUACAGCCGCUACAGAGCGCAGACGGAGAAGCACGUGGUGCUGUGUGUGAGCUGCCUGAAGAUAGACCUGCUCAUGGACUUCCUCAACGAGUUCUUCGCCCACCCCAGACUUCAGGACUACUACGUGGUGAUCCUGUGUCCGACGGAGAUAGACGUCCAGGUGCGGAGGGUCCUGCACAUCCCGCUGUGGGCUCAGAGGGUCAUCUACCUGCAGGGGUCCGCCCUGAAAGACCAGGACCUGAUGAGGGCCAAAAUGGACGACGCAGAAGCUUGUUUUAUCCUCAGCAACCGGUUUGAAGUGGACCGCCUGGCUGCCGAUCAUCAGACCAUCCUCCGGGCCUGGGCAGUGAAGGACUUUGCCCCGAACUGUCCUCUCUACGUCCAGAUCCUCAAACCUGAGAAUAAGUUCCACGUGAAGUUUGCAGAUCACGUCGUUUGUGAAGAGGAGUUUAAGUACGCCAUGCUGGCCCUCAACUGUGUCUGCCCCGGUACCUCCACCCUGAUCACCUUACUGAUCCAUUCCUCCAGAGGACAAACAGCACCUUCAGAAUCCUUUAAGCAGAGAGGGGGAGCUUUCCAGCCCCUCAACAGGGAAGGCAGGGCCAACUCGGCCGAACAGUGGCAGCGCACGUAUCGCCGCUGCUCGGCCAAUGAGGUGCACCACAUCCGGCUGGAGGAGAGCAAAUUUUUCGGGGAGUACCAGGGAAAGAGUUUCACCUUCGCCUCAUUCCAUGCACACAAGAAGUAUGGAGUGUGUCUAAUUGGCGUGCGGAGGCUGGACACGGCGAAUAUUCUGCUGAACCCCGGCCCCUGUCACAUCAUGGGAGCCUCAGACACCUGCUUCUACAUCAACAUCUCCAAAGAGGAAAACUCCGCCUUCGUCAGGGGCCACCGAGAACCAGCCCGGGGCCCGGGAGGCGACUCACGAGGCGUCCCACAAACCAUCUAUCAUGGACUGACCCGCCUGCCUGUACACAGCAUCAUCGCGAGCAUGGGCACGGUGGCUAUAGACCUGCACGACUCCAGCGACAGCAGUCCAGAGGGUUCAAUGCCACCCAGCGUGGGCGGGGUCACCGGUGGGCGUAGCGGCAGCCGGGCUGAAGUAGGCGUCAGCAACACCCUGUCCCUGCCCCCGGCGGGAGAUUCGGCGGAGGAGAGGAGGCACAGCAUCGCUCCUGUGCUGGAGCUUGUGGACGGGGCCAUCCCGACCUUUGACCUGCUGGGGGACCAGUCUGAGGACGAGGGGGCGGAUGAGGGGAAAGAGGAGCAGGAAGAAGGAGGAGAUGAACAGAAAGGCCAGUGGUGGGGAGCGCAGUGCGAGUGGGUUAAAGGUUAUCCACUCAACUCUCCGUACAUUGGGAGUUCACCCACCCUGUGCCACCUCCUACAGGAAAAGAUGCCUUUUUGCUGCCUCCGCCUUGAUAAGGCGUGCCACCACAUGCCCUACGAGGACGCCCGCUCGUACGGCUUCAAGAACAAGCUGAUCAUCGUGUCGGCAGAGAGCGCCGGCAACGGCCUCUACAACUUCAUCGUGCCUCUGAGAGCCUAUUACAGACCCAGGAAGGAGCUGAACCCCAUCGUGCUGCUGCUGGAGAGCAUACCUGAAGCAGACUUCCUGGAGGCUAUCUGCUGGUUCCCCAUGGUCUUCUACACUGUCGGCUCCAUUGACAAUCUGGACAGUCUCCUGCGCUGCGGGGUGACGUUUGCAGACACCAUGGUGGUGGUGGAUAAGGAGAGCUCUAUGAUAGCUGAGGAGGACUAUAUGGCAGACGCCAAAACCAUUGUGAAUGUACAGACACUGUUCAGGCUUUUCCCAGCCCUCAGCAUAAUCACUGAACUCACCCACCCGGCCAACAUGAGGUUCAUGCAGUUCAGAGUCAAAGACCACUACUCGCUCGCCCUCUCCAAACUAGAGAAGAAAGAGAGAGAGAGGGGCUCCAACCUGGUGUUCAUGUUCCGAUUACCCUUCGCCGCCGGGAAGGUGUUCAGUGUCAGCAUGCUGGACACUCUGCUGUAUCAGUCCUUUGUGAAAGACUACAUGAUCUCCAUUACCAGACUGUUACUGGGACUGGAUUCCAUGCCUGGCUCCGGUUUCCUUUGCGCCAUGAAGAUCACAGAAGAGGACCUGUGGAUUCGUACGUAUGGACGGCUCUACCAGAAGCUCUGCUCGUCCACAGGAGACAUCCCUAUCGGCAUCUACCGCACAGAGGCUCACAAACUUCCUGUUUCUGAGUCCCAGGUCUCCAUCACAGUGGAGGACUAUGAGGACACGCGGGAGCCUCGGGAGCCCCUGCUGUGUCGUUCCGGCCCCCACCGUAACUCCACCUCUUCAGAGCCGCCUUCCUCCUCCUCCUCCUCAUCCCACGACCACCCGCUGCUCAGGAGGAAGAGCAUGCAGUGGGCUCGGCGGCUGAGCCGUAAAGGGGGGCGGGGCCUAAGCGGAGCCAAGGGUCCCGGCAGCGCGGCCGAGCGAAUCAGCCAGCAGAGGCUCAGCCUGUUCCGCCGGUCCGAGAGACAAGAGCUCAACGCCCUGGUCCGCACCCGCAUGAAACACCUCGGCCUGUCGCCCACCGGAUUCAGUGAGUAUGGGAUGACAGACCAGGGCAACAGACUCUCCUACAUCCUCAUCAACCCGUCCCCCGACACGCGCCUCGAGCUGCAUGAUGUUGUGUAUCUGAUCAGGCCUGAUCCCCUGUCACUGAUGCCCAACCAGGGUGGCCGAAAGCCCAGCGCAGGCAGACCGGAGACUCACAGGUUCAACACGCAGGACAGCACCCACCUGUGACCAGAAAUACCAGCACAAAUACACAACUGCAGCGCAGCCUGCCAGAGAGCUUGUGUGUGUGUGUGUGUGUGUGUGUCUGAGUGGGUGUGUGCAUCAGUGAAAAAAAGAGAGAGAGAGAGAGAGAGAGAGAGAAAGAAAAACAGAGAGAGAAAGAUAGAGAGAGCCUUGAAAAAGAGACUGGAGAGGACUGGAAAAUGGACUGUGAAUAGGAAACUGUCAGAUGCAUGGACCUGUUCCAGCCUCAAUUCCAUUUGAUUUAUUUUUGCAUUAGUUUGUUUUGUUUGGUUCGGAUGCGAGAGAGCCGAGGCCACAUAAGUGCAUUUAAAUAAACCUGUACUGCGUAUUAGUCUCUGUGCAUGUGAAUGUAUGUUAAAUAGCCAACACUGCCAAUCUUAACCUGGACUGCCAAAGGAACACACUGUCUAAUGUACGUUAAAGCUGAGGGGCGAAAGCUGAUCUUCUUCUCCUUAAUGUUGUGAGUAGCUCAUGUCUGUUAGCUGCUCUGGUUUGGAUUCCUUUUUUUUCUUUUUAUAGUCAUGUGAAAAAAAAAGUAGGACACCCCACUAUGGCCAUACAGAGGUUGGACAAUUAAACUUAAACAUAGUUCUGGUGGAAGCAGGAGAGUUGAGGUGCACAUUGAAUUCUGCCGUGAUUUGGGCAGCCGUGGUUUUAUGUUUUUUUGGAUACAAUCCGGGUUAGCACCCGAACAUCCCUUUCAGACAGCUUCCUCUUACAGCGUCCACAGUUAAUCCUGUUGGAUGUGGUUAGUCCUUCUUGGUGGUAUGCUGACAUUACCCUGGAUACCGUGGCACUUGAUACAUCACAAAGACUUGCUGUCUUGGUCACAGAUGCUCCAGCUUUUAAACAUGCUUUUUUUUUAAAUGUCACAUGAGUUUUGCCACCAUCUUCGGAUUAGACAAAAAAAUUAAGCAAAGCUGCCUGAGUUUGACAUGUUUUGAAUAGUUAAAUAUAUGUGUUUAUAGAUUCAGAUAGAAAAAUAAAUAAAUAAAUAAAUAAUAAUAAUAAUAAUUUGGAAGAAUUACAACAAGCAAAUGGCACCCAUUUAGUGGAAUGGCCCUUAUAUAUUUUGUUUUGUAUUAGGAAAUCUGAGCACAUCAAUAUCUGAUCUUUUUUCAAACAAUAUAUAUAUAAAGGUGAUGUACUUGCUAUACUGUUAGUUAUACUGUUACAGAUCACAGUUUGAUUUUUGUAAUAAAAUGUCACAUUUUAUUAACCAAACAAAUGUAAAAAGAUGGCAGUUCCUGCUGUGGAAAGCAUUAGGACACCCUAUGCCCUAAUCGCUAGAAUUUUCCCUCAGUGACAUUAACUAGAAGAAUGAAUUUCCCACUCCUUCAUGCAGAAUUCUUUCAGCUGUGUAAGGGUUCCAUCCCAUUUUGACCAUUUGUCUCCAAAGAAUCUCAAUAAGAUUUUUUAUUUUUGUUUAUUAUUCUUGAUCUAUUUAAUCUAUAACUUCCCAUUUCUUUAUUUGAGCCAUUCCUUGAUAGAUUUGCUGGAAUGUUUGGGUCAUUGUCAUGUUGCACGGUCUACCUGCAUUUAUACCUUUCGUUCUCAAGAACUUAAAUAGCCCCUCGAAUCUGGCCAUGCUGGUUCACUCAAUCAAGUUAAACAAUCAAGAUUAAACCAAACUUUGUGUCGGAAGUUUUAAAUUAAAUGUAGUAAGUAGUAAUUAAUGUGGGUGUGUCCUAACCUUUUAUUUUAUUUUCACAUUUUAUAAUAAAUGUGUAGAACACGUAGCUUUAGUUGUAUAUGUGUAUGUGUGUGUUUAGUUAUAAUUCCCCCUAUUAUCUCCCAUUAUGAUGCUCUUUUUUAUUUUAGGGUGUCCUAACUUUUCCCUGUUUUGCGAUGUUUUGAUACACCUGUGAUAUGAACUGUCAGAUGUUUUAUAAGUAUCUGACCUGGUUUUGGCCUCUUCAGCUCUUUGUGGACUUGCACUUUGAGCGUGCCAACUGCACGAACGGACUGAACGUGAGCUUAUUAACUGGGCGCUGGACCAAAUGAGCGAUCUUCAAUCUUCUGCCCUUUACCGUGGACGCGGCAGCAUCUGUUUUCGCCGAUCUCAGAGGAGACUGUUGAAACGAGCCUUCUGUCGUUAAUGGCGUUUUUUUUUUUUGUUGUUUUUUUU